AUGUCGGACGACUGGGAUGACAUUCUCAACGACUUUGCAGAGACGACGGACAUGAGCUCGGUGACAGCUGCGUUGGAGGAAGGCGGCAAGACGGUGGCGGCCGAGGCCGAGGCUCUUGCUGCUGCCCAGGCACGCAUUGCCGCCGCCACCGAGGAGGCCAAGAAGGCCCGCCCGCCUCCGCCAUCCGGCCCGCCGCCAUCCGGCCCGCGCCAGCCACCGCCUCCGGCCCAUCGUCCGCCGGACGGCGGUGACGGUGGUGAUACUGACGCGGUGGCUGCUGACGAUGCCGACGCUGUCCGCGCCAAGCGGCUGGCCGAGGCCAAGGCUCGCCUCGCCAAGCAGGACGCCGAGCGGCGAAAGGCAGCACAGGCGGCGGUUGCUGAAAAGAUCAAGGCCGAGGAGGCGGCCAAGCCCAAGCUCAAUCUCGCAAGCAAGGGAGCGGUCAAGCAGAGCAAGAUGCCCAAGGCCGAGUCACCAGCGGAGGCGGCUGAUACGUCGGGAGAUCCUGCUGCGCCUGAGCCUGCGCCGCUGCCGAGGGCGAGCCUGACCGGCGGGCCAGCUGGUGGCGACGCGUCGUUUGCGACGUCGACGGCCAAUCCCGCGCCCAAGCUCACUCCUGCGCCGCUGGGGCUGGACGCGGCGGUGACGCCCGGGGGCUCGUCGGUGGCGCUCGAUGGGGGCGACGGAGCGAGCAGCUCCACCGAUCCGGAGCUGGCAGGCGUUGAUCCGGCGCAGUACGCGCACGUGGUCGAGCUGAGCAGCGCAUGGGACGCGCACACCGCCGGCGGCUCGUUCAACUACCCACAGACGGUGGGCAACAACCCGCAGUUCUUCCUGACGGUGCCCGAGGAGAGCGGCGGCGUCGAGGUGGUGUUGGUCUUGACGCAGCUCGAGCGGCCGACGCCGCAGCAGAACCACUCGAUGCAGAUCCUAGUGACGCAGUCGGGCGGAAAGCGGAUCUCGGGUGGCGUGUACCAGAACGAGGUGGUGGCCAACUCGGGCGGAUACGUCAACACGACGUCGGUCAAGCUCGCGGUGCGGCUUGAGGGUGCGGCGACGCCGUACACGGUCCUUGUCUCGACGUUUAUGCCCGGCAAUGAGGCACCGCUCAAGGUGACUCUGUGCACCGACGAGAGCGAAGUGAGCCUCGAGCCGGCGGCAACGGUGGCCGAGGCCGGCAAGUACGUCCACAAGCGGUCGCUCGACUCGGCGUGGCAUGCCGACAACUCGGGCGGCUGCAUGAACUAUCCGACGAUGAAGGACAACCCGCAGUUCUUCAUCACGACGCCCAAGCCCGGCCCGCCGUCGGCGCCCAAGCCGCCGGUGGCGGUCCACAUCUCACUCACGCAGAACCUGCCUCCGGGCUCGGCCCUGCAUCCGAUCGGGUUUGUGGUGGCGUACCGCAACGGCUCGCGCAUCACGUCGGCCCUCCGCAAGAGCGAGCACAUUGGCUCGUCGGGCCAAUUUGUCAACCUUGCGACGGUUGAUGCGAGCUUUGAGCUCGAGUGCCGACCGCGGCCGUACACGCUCGUGGUCUCGACGUUUGAACCCGGGUGCGAGGCGCCGUUCACGGUCAGUGUCGAGUCUGCCACGCCGCUCAAGGUGGUGCAGGCGGCGCCAGCGUCUGCGCCGCGGGUGGAGAUCCACAACACCAACACCGAAGCCAAGAUUGUGGAGCACCACUCGGGCAAGUCGUUCCUCAAGCGGACGCUGCACCACCCGCCGAGCGAGCCGUCACCCGAGUUCCUCUCGGCCGAAGUGUCGUCGGCCGGGCGGGUGUACGUCGACCCGACGUUUGGCGAGCCGAGCUGGCGGCGGUUGGUCGAGCAGGAGGUCGACUCGCUGCCGGACGGACGGCUCCCGGCGUGCUGUCUCUUUGAUUCGAUCGAUCCGGACGACAUUGUGCAGGGCGCGCUCGGAGACUGUUGGCUGCUCUCGGCCAUUUCUGCCAUUGCCGGCCGCGACGAAGCCGUGCUUGACCUCUUUGUCAAGGACGAGACCUCGGACGCCGGGGUCUACGGCGUGUGGUUCUGGUCGGCGGCGGGCGGGUGGACUGAGGUUGUGGUCGACGACCGGGUCCCGUUCCUCGGCGAGCGACCGCUGUAUGCGUGCUCGGAUGAGAAGCACGAGAUGUGGCCGUCGAUUGUGGAGAAGGCGUACGCCAAGUUCCAGGGCUCGUACGCAGCGCUCGACGGUGGGCUGUGCAACGACGCGUUUGUCAACCUCACCGGCGGCGUCGGCGAGUUUAUCCAGUUCAAGAACGAGGUUGGCGCCGCCGAGGCCCUAUGGGAGAAGCUCGUGCUGUACCACUCGGAGCGGUUUCUCCUUGCGUCAGGUUCGCACGGCAGCGACGAUGCUGAGGAGAACGAGGACGGCAUUGUCGACGGCCACGCGUACACGAUCCUCGACGUGCGUGAGAUCGAUGGGUACCGCCUGCUCAACAUCCGCAAUCCACACGGGACGAAUGAGUGGAGCGGCGACUGGUCUGACCACGACACGCGACACUGGACGGCUGCGCGCCGCGAGGCGCUUGGGCACACCGCCGAGGACGACGGCGAGUUUUGGAUUUCGAUCAACGACUUUAUGGCCAACUACCGGGUCAUGUACGUGUGCAAAGUGUUCCCGUCGGACGAGUGGACGGAGACGUCUGCGUCGGGCGUGUUUACUGGCGCCGAGCGCGGGCCGGCCGACUGCCCGCAGUACCUGCUGACGAACCCUAGCUCUGAGCCGAUGCACGUGGUUAUUUCUGUGCGGCAGGCCGAGGUCCGCCCGCGCAACGCCUCGCCGCUGUACAUUGGGUUCGAGGUGGUUGAUCAUGGCGGGCGUCCUCUGCCGCACCUCUCGGCGACGUUGAACUUUGUGGUGCCGCCCUCGCAGUUUGUCAACUUUCUGGAGGUCUCGUGGGAGGGCGAGCUCCCGCCGUCGGAGACGCCUUACACGCUCAUUGUGCGGACGUACCAGUACACCGGCGCCAACCGGUUCCUCCUCCGCGUAUUCUCCAAGGUGGCCGGCGGCGCGGAUGCCGGCGGGGAGGGCAUCCAGCUCAAGGACAUCACCGGCGAUGCGCACACGGCGUCAUGGGUCGCAGCUUCGGCGUCGGGUGCUGCCAGCACAGGCGGCGCGCCGAGCAGCGGGCCCAAGCCGUGGAUCCCGCUCGCGGCAGCGGUCAAGUCCGAAGUCGCCGGUCUCCGGCAGUAUGAGGGCGGGACGGCCGAGGCGAUUCCGCUGGCGCUCCGAAUCGGGCAAGCGAUCAAGGCGUUUUCAGCGGCGCUGCCGACGUCGGAGACGACGCGGCCCGAGUACGCAGACGGCCCGCCGGCGGUGGCCAUCUUUUCACAGCUUGUCACCUUUUGCAAGGUAGCCUCCAGCCAUCCGGACCCGGACGUGCUCGCGGUGUGCGACUCGCUCGAGGCGCUGCUGGACAAGAUCUGCCGACGGGCUCGGGGUUGA